CAGGUGUUGUCGCGUGAAACUUGCGCGAUUAAUGUCAGAGUUCAAGUCAGGUUCUACAGCAAUGAUAAUGUGGUGUUUAAUAUUUCUGUUGAUUGGCUCGUUUGUGGAUGCGGCUGAUGUUGGCCAUUACUGGAUGUUUCGGAACACUGAUUUACCCAACUCUCCCAUCUAUCAUAUCAACAGUUUCACUGGAUUCAGAUCUACCAUCACGCCACCUUUCUCACGGUCAACAAUUCUGUCAUCGCCACUUCGCAGAUUAGAUGCCAAAUUUCUGUCAAAUGGAAGAGCAAGAGAUGCUGUGACCAAGUUUAAGUCGAAUCCAUUUUCUUCCAUCUCGUCCAAAUUUUUAGGAGUCAAGAAGAAAGGAGGUACUUUAUCCAAGUUCGUAAAACUUUCCCUUAAGUUCGUGUCCAACGCUAAGCCUUAUAAGUUACAGAUAAACAAACCAAAUGGUUUGAAUCUAGGAUGAAAUAGAAUAAAGAGUGAGCUAAAGUUAGCGCAGAUGUAGGAUAAAGAAUAAUUAUGAUGGUGUCCGAAGGUUUAUUAAUAAUGAAGAAACAGAAACGUUUACACAAACUUAAUUAAGAACUAGAAGGCUAUUUUUAAUCAUUUUUUUAUGUUUGCUGU